GCCAACAAUGAUUUCAGCCCGCCUCCUGUACAGGAACUGUUGACGUCACAGGGAGGAACGACUACCGCUAGCUCAAGCCAGUAUGUCGCUUCCACAUCGACGGUUACCAGUCGUCAGUACCAGCCGGAGCCCAACACAACUGUCACCCACACAACUAUCACUUUCUCUGAGCCGGAAAGCAACACUCCAAUUGCCGCCACUGAAAACAGGAAAGAAGUGCGCACCGGUCGCCUGGAGACAACUCCACGGCAAGCUCCUAAAAUGGCGAGUUUUCGUUUCCAAGUGGUGCUCAAUACAUCUAGUGCCCCGUCCGUAUCGCCUCAUAUUUCUGGCUCGCGACUGUCUACACCCGUAGAAGAGGUACAAGUGUGGAAAGCAGAGACGCGUCAAUCGGCACGAUACAGACUGGCACCAUCCGCUGAGAUGCCUCUGCUCUGUACUUUCGUCAUGCAACCCCAUGUCGCAAACGUCGCCGCACAUCAGCACAUCAUCAACGCGCCGGUGUUGAACGUGAUCGCGUUCUGCCUUCCACCGAAGCAAAAAGUCAAGAAAGAGCACAUCUCACGAAGACUUGGAUGCGCCCAUUUGAUGCUUGCGCCUCUGGGACCACUACAAGCCGAGAAACUUCGACCACUUUGGGAAACAGUCACAUUCACAAUAGCAUUUGGAAAACAUGUUGCUAUCGAGUACCGUAUACCAAAACUUGCAACUCUCAAGGUUCAACUUGUUAAAUGCCAUACACAUCGCGUGGUAGAAAAGGAUUCACGAGUUCUGUACAAGAAAGUGCCUGUAGAGAAUGUCAUUUACUGGACGGCUCCGAAACCGCAUCCAAUUAUUUUAACAACAGUGGAGAAAAGCGAUCCGAUAAUGGUGAAACGAGUUCUACUUGAACAGAAUCCAUUAUAUGAAAGAAUGCCAGCUCAGUGCAACGUCGCAGAAGUCGAUAUGUACACGACGGAGCAAGUCGACUACAACCCCACUCAAAAGACGGGUGGUGAACAAUCACGCACCGAGCGACACAUAUACCAUGAUCAUCAGUUGAUUCAACGUUGGAAAAACACAAUUCACGUAGGAAAGUCGACGAAAACGAAUUGA